AUGGCCCUCACAGAUAUGAAUCCCCCAGCUGGGAUGGAGAACUUUGUCGUUGGCUUGAUCGGCAUGGGCGAUAUGGGCAAGAUGUAUGCCGAAAGACUGUCUGCAGCCGGAUGGAGAAUCCUGGCGUGCGAUAGAGAAGAUAGAUUCGAUAGCCUCAGAGAACAAUAUGCUGGAAAAAAUAAUAUAGAAAUUUGCCGCAAUGGCCACUAUGUCUCACGGGCUAGCGACUACAUCAUAUACAGCGUCGAAGCCGCCAUCAUUGACCGUGUGAUCGCGCAAUUUGGGCCUUCGACAAAGAUGGGUGCCAUCGUAGGCGGACAGACCUCUUGCAAGUCGCCCGAAAUUAGAGCAUUUGAGGAAUACUUGCCGCCAGAUGUUCACAUUGUAUCGUGCCACUCGCUGCAUGGUCCGGGCGUUGAUACACAUAAUCAGCCUUUAGUUCUCAUUCAACACCGUGCCCCGGAUGAGGCUUUGCGGAAGGUAGAGACCGUACUUAGCUGCUUGCGAUCAAAAUUCGUUUACUUGACUGCUCAAGAGCAUGAUCGCAUCACGGCAGAUACGCAAGCCGUUACCCACGCGGCAUUUUUGUCCAUGGGAAAGGCUUGGCACGCAAACAGUCAGUUUCCUUGGGAGUUGAAUCGUUAUGUGGGUGGCAUCGAGAAUGUCAAGAUCAAUACCAUGCUGCGAAUCUACGGCCAGAAGUGGCACGUUUAUGCAGGUCUAGCCAUCCUGAAUCCGGAGGCUAAAAAACAAGUGGCUCAGUACGCUGAGAGCGUGACUGCCUUGUAUAAACUCAUGCUCAAAGGGGACCUUGAUGGGCUUCGAAACAGAGUUUAUCAUGCCAGGGACAAGGUGUUCGGCUCGGCAUCGGAUUGGGACGGUCGACCUUUGAUUGAACCUUCGAUUUUGUCGUCAUUUUCACUCGGCAAGCCAACAGAUGCCCCGCCGAGGCCGAACAAUCAUCUGAGCCUUCUAGGGAUGGUAGACUGUUGGGCUGCUCUGGACAUUGUUCCAUAUGACCAUAUGCUCUGUAGCACACCCCUUUUCCGACUCCGACUCGGCGUGACUGAACACUUAUUCCGCAAUACGUCACUGCUGGACGAAACAUUACGAACGGCAGUGGAGGACAAGAUGUAUCGAAGCGAUGAUCUUGAGUUCACCUUUGCAGCACGAGGCUGGGCUGAGUGCGUUUCACUUGGCCACUUUGAGACAUGGGAAAAAAGAUUUGUAAGCACACAGGAGUUCUUCCAGCCGCGUUUUGCAGAGGCCAAGGUUGUCGGUGAUCAGAUGAUGCGGAAAGUCCUGGAGAGCUAUAAGGAAGAUGAGAAAUGA